GCGCGCACACACACACACGCACACAGAGAGGCACGCACACUUUGAGUUUGAGUUCAGAUCAGCAGCAGCGUUUACGCAUGGAGCAGCGGGACAACAGGAGGCACUCACAAAUGGCAUCUUCAGUUUAAGGAAUCGUUCCUGAGGAUCAUAAACGGCUGAGAUGUUUCUGGAGCUCCUUCAUAAAGCCAGUGGUCAACAGGAUGUAACUCGAGAUCUGGGUCUAAUGGAGUGGUUUUGUCGGAGCGCAAGGCACUGAUUUCCAGUGAGCGGCGCGCAAAAGCGUUCAAGGCGAAAAAGAAAUAAAACAAAACAAAACAAAAAAUUCCAAGCGCAAGAAUUGAACCAGUUUGGUUUUAAGUGAGUGUUUGUUGCAGUUAUGCGGACUCGCAGUGGAGUUUUGCGCUCGGUGGCUCUCUUCACCCUCUUUCUUGUAUCAGUUGACGGUUUCCCCAGCAGAAAGCAGAGGCUCAAUGACCCUAAACCCAGAGGGAACACCGCUCUUACGGCUGGUGGCCAGGCUCGCUCUGUAGAUGCUAGAUGGACCCUGGAGGAGCUUCAGGAGCAGAACCAGCUGAGCAGAAGCAGUUCACCUCCACGUCGGCACAAAAGGAGAUGGCCACAGUUUCGAUCGGAGGGAGUCCUUCCUAAACCUGCACCUGAGGAAGAGGAGCCUUUCAUCUUAGACCUGAAGAACUUUCCUGAUCUUGCUAAUGCAGAUCUAGGCUCGCAGAAUCCGAAUAUCCAGGUGACCAUCGAGGUUGUGGAUGACCCUCAGAUGGAGGUCGAGAUGGACCUGGCUAAAGAGGGCAGGAACGACUGGCCUCUGAACUCCGAGGAAUGGCUUGGCCACAAGAAACUCUUCUGGCCUCUCUUCUGGGAAAACCACGACUCCAACGAGGAGAGCGCCAGCCAGGCCAGUCUAGAGGAGAACGGAGACGACCUGAGCUACGGAGGAGAAGAUUCCCUGCUGAGCGGAGUGGGAGUGGACUGGGACAGCCGCUGGAAGGGCUGGGACUCAAUGGAGAGUUAUGAUUACGAAGAAGAGGAGUGGAGUGACUGGUCCCCGUGCAGCACCACCUGUGGCCAUGGAACCCAGAAGAGGGUUCGGUCGUGCGGUUACACCUGCACUGCCACCGAGUCUCGCACAUGUGAAUUGCAGCGGUGUCCAGGUGACCUGAAUGCUGUGACGGAGCUCAUCCCUCACGAGAUGAUGAACGACACUGAUGUCCUCGACGUGGACAGCUGUGAGAAGUGGCUCAACUGCAAGAACGAGUUCCUGCAGAAGUAUCUCCAUCAGGUCCUGACCGAGUUACCCAGCUGUCCCUGCGUCUACCCGUCCGAGGUCGUCUACAGCUCCGUAAACAUCUUCGACGAGAAGUUGCGCAAGACCUACCGGUGGCGCGACGCCAGCGGACCCAAAGAGCGCCUGGAUAUCUACAAGCCGUCUGCGCGGUUCUGUGUGCGCUCCAUGUUAUCAUUCGACAGCACCACGCUCGCCGCGCAGCACUGCUGCUACGACGAACACAUGAAGCUCAUCACCCGGGGCAAAGGUGCCGGAGCGCCUAACCUUAUCAGCACCGAGUUCUCUCCGGAGCUCCAUUACAAAGUGGACGUCCUUCCGUGGAUCCUGUGCAAAGGAGACUGGAGCCGCUUCCACUCGGUACGUCCUCCCAACAAUGGACUGCAGUGUACAGAGAACCCUCAGGAGGACGUCUACAUGAAUGAGCUGGAGGAGGCUCGAGAGUACUGAAAGGCAAAGCUGGUUCGUGUCAGAACUAUAGAUAUACAGUAUUUCGCUGGAGUUACAGUAUGUAACUUUUUCAAUUUGUUUUUUAAAAAACCCAGCAUUCUACACUGUUUAUACACACCUCAAGUGAUACACCAGCCAGAACAGUACCAUACAGUAACGCAACGAUUUCUCUAUCUUCUGCACUUUUCCUCAGAGAGCCAGUUGAAGCAAUCAGGGACUCUUUCAAAUACCGUCCUCUGGAACAGGUUCACUUUAUUUAUCGGGUUCAAAUCCCCGCCGCUUUUUUUUUUUUGUCAUGAAAGGAAUCCAGUCAGGCUGCUAAACUUGAGUCCAAGCAGAAUCCCCUCAUGUUAUCAUAGACUCAGAGCUCAGAGUGGGAGCUCGCCCAACACAGGCAAGAUCAAUCCAAAUAAAUCAAACACGAUCCCGAAAUGUCACAGCUCUUCCUGAUCCUGAACGUGUCCCUAGAUGUACUUGGAUCCAGUGUCGUAUGAGGUUUCACGAUUUUAAGGACGAUGGCACUGGAUCAUAAGAUAAGCACAGAGAUCAUGUUUUGCUUCAUAAAAGGGAUAAAGACGUCAUCAGGAACUAGGCAUGUGCAAAUAUUAGACAUGAUAACGGUCUAACCUUUUAUCAAGGUUCAUGAUAUUAUCACACAUCUGUGUUUCCUUGAGGUUCUUCAGCUUCCCAAGGUAAAAGUAUUCUUAGGUCUUCCACUCUAAAGAGUAUCAUCAUCCAGUUUAGUCCUAUUUUUCUUCUGAGAAUGUUGUUAGCAUUCUCUUACACAAGCAUGCAUGUUUCUUCAAAUUUUUCUGCCCUUAGAUCUCACUAAAAUUUACUGCGACCAAAAAAACAAGUCAGCUUCCAUGACACAUUGCCGACUCUCUGAAGACUUCUGGCUUACGGAGGUACAAACAAAUGGUUUGAGAAACUCCCCAAAAGCAGCAAUUUGUCUCAUUGGGACUAACAGCUGGAUAACAUCUGCUCAAAUAAUUGAGUAAAUAUUCAAAUAUGACUGCAGAUAGUUUUAGUAAAAAGAAAAAUAUUUGCUGAGGUUCUGCGAUGCGUUUUCAAAACUAGCUACUGUGGAGGAGUAGAUGCAUAGGAUUAUGGGAUGUAUAGGACAACGGAGAAUGUGAAAGGUCUUGGCCGAAACCUUUCCUCAAAAGGCUUCUUCAAGGGUCUUUGGAUGGUUCUAGUCCUCAGUGCUAUUUAAAACCUUGAAAAAAUUAAACACUACGAACAGAACUGUCUGAGCAGCCCUUAAGGAUUAAACUUUAGAGUGCAGGCCCUUUCAUUUCUUCAUUUUGUCCCUCUCAGAGAACCUCUGUUGUAGAACCCAGUACGCAGCACAUUUUUUUGGGAGAACGUUUAAAGAUUCUACAAAGAACCUUUUUACAGAGGUUCCUCUAUCGCAAAGGGAUUUAAGUAGAACCUCUUUCUGCAUUGUUCGUGUACCUCUGAAAAGAUUUUUAUAGAUUUGAUAGACUGUGAGGAACCCUGCAACAAAGGAUUUCAACUGGUGGUUCUGACAGGGUUCCAAGAAGAACCUAUUUCUAAAUUAUCAGGUGGCGUGUGUUAACAUCUAAGGAUCCUUAAUUCUUAAGGCUGCCUUAAAGAGAUUCGACAGCAGACCCUGACACAGACGGUUCUCCUUUCGAAGAACGUUCCAAUCCCUUGGAAACCCAUUCUGCCUACACUUUACAUCUUGAUCAUACUGUUUAUCUUGGGAGCACCUACCUCAAAAGCCAAUAGAACUAGUUACAGUGUCUUACCUAAGUAUUCACCACAUGUGAACAACUUCACAGACUUGGAACGGAAAUAGAAUUCAUUGGGAUUGUAUGACAUGAAUUUCCACAGAAUAGCCCCUAAAAGAACACAGUCUCCUCAGUGAAGCAUGGUGGUGGAAGCAUCAUGUUAAGAGCUACACUCUAUAAACUGUUUUAUUUUUUGUAGAGGUUCAUGGUGGAAAAGUUCAGCCAAGGUGAACGCUUAUUCGUAGUUAUUGGCACCCCAUCAAACAGGAGUUCGUUGGUUAAAAACCCGGACACUGGUCUCUCUUUUCCUCUUUAAAGGCUGGAGGGACUUUUAGAGGAACGAACAAGAACAAUAAAAAGCGUGUAUUGCAAAUCCACUCUGAGUCCCGAAAGUAUCAAAGCCCACUUGUACGUACAGGGAUGUUGUUUUAAGAGCUAAAGCCUCACCUUUCAGCCUGGGUGUUUAUCUUGAUCAGUGUCUUUGUGCUGAAUGUGUCUUAGGCUGGAAAAGAACACCAAGGCAAAAAGGUGCGUUGACAGGCGAAUCUCACACCACUGUAAAAACAUCCACGUUCAGGUGACAUCUUAAUGACUGAAUCGAGACGUGACCCAUCCUGAAAUCCUGACACGCAUCAUUGACUAUCGCGGUUGGCUUUCUUCCAUCACAUUCUCAUAUUCUUAUAUACUGACAGUCAAAAGAUUUCGAACAUGGAGAUUUUUUUUCCACCAGCAAUUAAAUAAGAGGGGGAGAAAAACAUCUAAAUGUGUGUAUUUAAGUGACGUUUUCUUCCGGUGUGCACUCUCAGAUUGUAAAGGAACUCGUUAUUUCAAAUCAGAUUUGACUUUGAUUAAUUAAUUAUUAAUUAAGACACAUUUACGUUGAUUACGCAGAUUUGAAUGAUUUUUGUUUUUCGAUGCAAUAAAAUCGCAAACAUUUCUCACAAAUAUUUAUUACUUAGAUUUUCUAAGUCUGCCGUAUUUAAAUAAAUGUAAAUAUUAAUAGAGGGGGUUUGAAAGCUUUUGACUGGCAGUGUAUGUCCAUGAUUGGCUCUUUUUAGCUCCUAUAAGCAGACUUUAGUCACAUUUUAUUUUAAGCAUUAAUUCUAAUGAAAAAAUACAAGCUGUGUGAAAGAAACAAUCAGUGCACAAAAAAGGUUUAUUAAUAGCCUUCCUGGAUGUCAGUGAUGUCGCAACUCGUGUCAGUAAGCGUCUUUAACGUCUUUAGCACCAGCACCCGUAAAUGAACUGGAUCUCCUGUUGAGUUAGCCUCGCAUUCCAGCGUACAGGAUCUCAUACGGUGCGGCUGUGAAGGAGCUUUAAUCUCGGCGUAGGAGCAUCCCGCGCACUCUGUUAUGGCAUGUCCGCAUCAUGUUUCAGCGCCCUGGAAUCCACAAGCCGUGUGGUAUGCGCGCAGGGCAGGAGGUGUGUGUGCGGCCACUGGGAAACUGCGAGAGUGUGGACACUGGGGCACUCGCGCUCGGCCUUGGGUGCUGGAUUUCUCUGAAGCCGUGCCAGGCUUUUACGCUCCUGUUACAUUUCGGCUUUCAAAUUGUCCUGUUAAAAUAGAUGCUCCAUACUGUCAUCAGUCUGAAGCUCACCAAAACGGAGACAUAUCGCAGGUGAAUGAAAUGAAAAAAGAAAUUCGACAGCUGAAUUUUGGUGAAAGUUUACGUUUUCAUGGUCUUUCAGGAAAUUUUGACUGAUUGAAGAUUGUGUCACUUUUAAGAAACGUCUGAAAGAAAGGCACUUUAUUUAAAGAAAAAAAUAAAUAAGUGGAGAUAUAUAUAUAUAUAGUUAUAUAUAUAUAUAUCUAUGUAUAUAUAUUAUCAUUAUAUUGAAUAAUAUCUGCAAUGUACAAUUUAGAUUUUACUUUUUUUGUGUGUGUCAUUAUUGUAAAAGGGAUAAAUUACACCUCCUGUGCUGCAUUCUUAAAGGAUUUUGUACGUGAUGUAAAAUAUCGGGCAUGUUACAUCAUGUCAUGUCAGGUCAUGUCUAUUGUUAUUAGAUUUAUUAUUGUACAGUAUUUAUUAUUGUCCAGGAUCCAUAAGAUGCACUAUAUAUGAAGCUGAGUGAAACCCCCCACCCCCCCGGUCGUGGUUGGAGGUUUUGUGAAAAAGGGAAUGUGUUCGUGCCACGUCACACACCACACUACUUCAGUUAUAUGCAUUUUUUUAACCACCUCUGUCCAAAAUAUAAUAAAUUUAACAUUGACAGUAAACCCGAACAUGUGGAG